AUGGUAGGUGUGCGCUCGAUGCUCGUUGCAGGAGCGCUGUUGUUCUCUGCUGUGCAAACCUCACCUUCACAUCGCCAUGAUACAGCACCUACCGUUUCGGUGCAGAAUGGAUCCUACUAUGGAGUGUACAAUCCGACCUACAACACGGAACACUUUCUGGGAAUGCCAUUUGCGCAACCGCCUGUUGGAGAUCUUCGCUUCAGAGUACCACAGCCUCUGAACACAUCUUGGAGCGAUACCAAGAACGCAACCGGAUAUGGCUACGAGUGCAUCGGCUAUGGUCGCGAUACCUGGUCGCAGGGCAACUAUGUCAGCGAAGACUGCUUGACACUGAACGUCGUCCGGUCUCGUGGAAGCCAUAAUGGCAAGAAGCUGCCAGUGCUUGUCUGGAUACAUGGCGGAGGUCACACGAUGGGUGGCGCUGCAGAUCGCCGCUACAACCAGUCCUUCAUUGUUCAGCAGGCUGCUGAGACUGACAUGCCAAUCAUUGCGGUAUCGAUCAAUUACAGACUCAGCGCUUGGGGCUUCUUGUAUGGCAAGGAGGUCCAGGAGAAUGGUCUUGCGAUGCUCGGGUAUCGCGAUCAGCGACUGGCUCUUCGCUGGGUUCAGGAAAAUAUUGAAGCUUUUGGAGGCGACCCAGCUCGUGUUACCAUUCAAGGAGAAUCUGCUGGAGGGACAUCAGUUGGAGCACAGGUGGCUGCAUAUGGCGGCAGAGAUGAAGGCCUUUUCUCCCAGGCAAUUGCGCAAUCCGGCUUUUCAAGCGCUCUUGUGCCGUAUCCGAGCGUGGCAACUUGGGAAACAGUUAUCGCGAACAUUUCGGCUGCUGUCGGCUGUCAAGGAAAUUCCAGUGUCCUGGACUGCCUUCGAAAAGUUCCGACGGAAGAGCUCAAUGCAGUCAUCAAUUCGACCACCACAAGCGGCGCUGCUUAUGGUGUUGUCAUCGAUGGAGAGUUCAUUGAAGGAGAUCCCAAUACUCAGCUGGAUCAAGGACAAUUCCCACGCGUCCCGCUUCUCAUCGGAUGCAAUACCGACGAGGGUGCCAGCUUCAGCUCGAGCGUGAACACGACUGCCGAGUUCCUGGCCUACAUUGCCGGAAUGGGAUAUGACAACGCCACCGUCCAGGACUUUGCCAUACUCUAUCCCGAUAUCCCAGAAAUCGGAAUUCCAGCCACCAUUUCCGGGCGGCCAGACGCCAGCAUUGGAUUGCAGUACAAGCGGUCCAAUGCCAUCGUGGGCGACAUGCGACAACACGCAAAGCGACGCUUCACAGCUCAAAGCUGGGCAAAAGCUGGCGUAGAUGUUUACUCGUACCGCUUCAACGUGCUAGCCAAUGGCGUCCCAUACAUCCAGGGCAGUCCGCACUUCCAGGAAGUCGCAUUCGUCUUCUACAAUACAGAGGGCCUCGGAUACCCGCAGAAUGGAAACCCGAAUCCACUGGGCGGGAGUGAGCGCGAGAAAUAUCUAGCACUCGCGUUGCAAAUGACUAGAUCGUGGAUUAGCUUUGUCAACUUUGGGGAUCCAAAUAGGCAGCUAGGAGUGAAAGCAGAGCACUGGCCAGUCUAUACCCUUGAGGAGCAGAGAAACUUCGUCUUCGAGCAGAACGUGACAUCGCAUGUGGAGCCGGACUACUACAGAGCCGAAGGGAUCCAGUACAUGAACAGGCUGGCUCUGGCAAGGAAGGGCAGUAAUUGUACAGGCUUCGUCGCAUGCGGCGCCAGCGAUCUGAAUUGA